UGUCAGCGGCCGAGCAAGGCUUUGCCUCACUCGCCUGCAGCUCCGGGCCCUCAGCAGCACGAGAGGUUGUGGUGCGGCAGGAUGAGUGCAGGUUCCGACCCCGUGGUGAUCGUCUCGGCGGCGCGGACCGUUAUAGGCUCCUUCAAUGGUGCCUUGUCCACCGUCCCUGUCCACGACCUGGGCUCAACGGUCAUCAAAGAAGUCCUGAAGAGGGCCGCUGUGGCUCCCGAAGAGGUGUCAGAGGUCAUAUUUGGACACGUUUUGACAGCAGGUUGUGGGCAGAAUCCUGUUCGACAAGCCAGUAUGGGUGCAGGAAUCCCUUACUCUGUUCCAGCGUGGAGCUGCCAGAUGGUCUGUGGGUCAGGCCUCAAAGCCGUAUGCCUUGCAGCCCAGUCAAUAGGGACAGGAGACUCUAAUAUUGUGGUUGCAGGAGGCAUGGAAAGCAUGAGCAAGGCUCCUCACUUGGUUCAUUUGAGGGCAGGAGUCAAGAUGGGGGAAAUGCCACUGAUGGACAGCAUACUCUGUGACGGGCUUACCGAUGCAUUUCACAACUACCAUAUGGGCAUUACGGCUGAAAAUGUAGCCAAAAAAUGGCAAGUGAGUAGAGAAGAUCAGGACAAGUUUGCAGUUUUGUCCCAGAACAGGACAGAGAGUGCACAGAAAGCUGGCUAUUUUGACAAAGAGAUUAUACCAGUUUUUGUGUCUUCUAGAAAAGGUCUUACUGAAGUGAAAACAGAUGAGUUUCCUCGCCAUGGGACCAACAUAGAAGCCAUAUCUAACUUGAAGCCUUACUUUCUCAAAGAUGGAACAGGAACAGUCACCCCAGCUAAUGCUUCAGGAAUAAAUGAUGGUGCUGCCGCUGUGGUUCUUAUGAAGAAGUCAGAGGCCGACAGUCGAGGGCUUACACCUUUAGCACAGAUAGUUUCCUGGUCACAAGUAGGUGUGGAGCCUUCCAUUAUGGGGACAGGACCAAUUCCGGCGAUAAAGCAAGCUGUUGCAAAAGCAGGUUGGUCACUGGAGGAUGUGGACAUAUUUGAAAUCAAUGAAGCCUUUGCAGCCCUGUCUGUUGCAGUAGCUAAAGAACUUGGAUUAAACACAGAGAAGGUCAACAUUCAAGGAGGGGCGAUAGCCUUGGGCCACCCUCUUGGAGCAUCUGGCUGUCGGAUUCUUGUUACCCUGUUACACACAAUGGAGCGAAAGGGUGGACAUCGUGGUGUGGCUGCCCUAUGCAUUGGGGGUGGGAUGGGAAUAGCAAUGUGUGUUCAGAGAGGAUGAAAUUGCUUAAUGAAUCAUGCCGAAACUAAACUGAAACCUCAUCUCUUCUCACGCUAACAAGGUACUAAAUUGUAAUAUGUGAAAUCAGAGGACCAAAGUGAGGAUGGAAACCAUCUUUCGGAAGAACCCAAGGCUUGACAGCUUGUUAUUUUUAUUAAUGUGUAAUACUCAAGAUAACAAGAUAACUGCGUCUAACAUUGUUAUAAAUAAAAGAGAAAUGAGAUCAGUCA